UAGUCUUUUUCCUUAUUCCAUUUUUAAUCUUUAUAAGUGGAAAAGGAAGGAGACCUCUAUGUUUAUUUAAACAAAAUUGAAAAUCCUCCCAGAUAAAAAAAAAACUAGAAAUUUGUUCUAGCCCAAGUAAAGAUAAGUUAACCCCGAUUCCCUUAAAAACUAAAACCUAUAAAAUGUUUCCGAUAAUAUUUCAGAAAAAAAAUGUUUCAAAAAUUCAAAUAUUUACCCUAAUUUAAAUUCAAAGAUUACAGCUCUGCUAAUGUGGAACAGCCCGGGUAAUUCCAGCUUUUUAAAGUAUUUUCCUAAUUUACCCUAUGUUUUUCUCUUAUGAUUAUUAAAUUUGUUCUCUUUUUCAUAAAUUUUAAACCAUCCCCGCGAACAGCGAAUUCCCGGUACUUUAGUCCUUCCAAUUUUCACUCCGUUCAAUUUUCUUCUUGAAAAACUUUUCUCUACUUUUGAAUACUCAAGAAACCCACCUGCCCAUUUUCUCUUCGUUUUUUGUGUCUUCUUUUUUUCUUUGCUUUUUUUAAUACUUCACAACUCAUGUACUCUUUUCUCUCCAACGUAAGAAAAUAUGGAGUAGGCAGAGAGAAGGAAAAAAUAAAUAGUGCAUUUUUUCUUUUCAUUAUAAUAAACACUGAUCUUUUGUAUAGUGCAGGAAAGGAAGAAUUAGUGCAAUCCAAGGUAUCACGACUUUUGCGCCGAGAACAUUUGCGCCGCGACUUAUGCGCCGGGGGACUUUUGCGCCGCGACUUAUGCGCCGAGCGACUUUUGCGCCGGGCGACUUAUGCGCCGCCAUAA